AUGAAGUCCGGCAAGGUCGUCCUUGGAUACAGAUCGACCCUCAAGGCCCUCCGCACCGGCAAGGCCAAGUUGAUCCUCAUCGCUGCCAACACCCCUCCUCUCCGCAAGUCUGAGCUCGAGUACUACUCCAUGAUGAGCAAGACCUCAGUCCACCACUACAACGGCACCAACAUUGAGCUUGGUACCGCUCUUGGCAAGCUCUUCAAGUGCUCCACCAUGGCCAUCCUCGACGCUGGUGACUCCGACAUUCUGGCUGACCAGACUGCCUAA